AUUAUUAUUCGCGGUCUUCGUUGCAUCGCAAUAAUGAUGUCGUCGUUAUCGCUCUCACUCUCGUCAUCAAAUAAUAUUCUACGAUACAUUAUAAUAGUAUCUUCACAGGCAGAAAAAUUGUAUGCAAAAAUGAAAUAUUCAAAUACGACACACAAUAAUCAUUCUUGAAAGCAAAAAAUAUGUUAACAGUGAUAACACGUUUUAAUAUUGUUGUUUGAACUAAGAGUUAUCUCUUAACACUCAAAAAUAUUAGGAGUUAAAAUAUGGGAGGUAAGAUUUUCGAUAACUUGAUGUUACCCCUUAACUCUAAGUCGUGAAAUUAUUUUUUUGAGUUAACCUUGAGUUAUUGAUAACUUGCACUUUAACUCUUGUAGGUGAAACCGGCCCUAUAUGGUUCUAAUUUUAUUGGGGGAAUUUAUGUUAGUGUAAUACGGUAGUAAAAUGUUUUUAGGGUAAUUUACAUUAGUGUAAUACGGUAGCAAAAUGUUUUUAGGGGAGUUUACAUGUGCCCAUGUAUACAUAAUAAACAUGGUAUACCAUUGAUUUAACCUAACCUAAUCUAUAGGUACUAGCCACCAGAUAUAAGGACCAUAGCGCGGGGCACAGCCACUGUGUUGUGGAUUUAUCAAUCCUAAUGUUUAAUCAACUUUGAAGAAAAUCCAUAAAAUAUUAUACUAUGAAAUACUAAAUUAGUACAAUUGAAUAAGUUAAAUAUAAUCAUAGUUAAACCAAUUACUCUGUAUGCAUGUGGUAAAUGGGCCACGACAAAAUCGGAUAAAAGAAAGUUAGGAGUGUUUGAAAGAAAAAUAUUAAGGAAAAUCUUCGGUCCAAAAAGGAAUAACGACGGGGAGUAUGAAAUAAGAAACAAUGAAAAUUGAAUAACCUCUAUAAAGAACCUAACAUUAUUGGGUCCCUGAAGAGUACAAGGAUAAGUUGGGCGUGUCACGUAUGGAGAUUAGUAGAAAUGAUUGGAUCAAUAACUAAAUGGAAGCCUGACACAAAGAGACCAAGAGGACGCCCUAGACAGAGAUGGAUAAAUCGAGUACAAGAAGACUUGAAACUUUUGAACGUGAGGGAUGCAGAAGAAUGUGUAAACGAUAGAGAGAGAUGGAGACAAUAUGAUGUUGCGGCGAUGGGCCUGUAAAAGCCUAGAAGAAGAAUUACAAUUGAAAAAUUGUUUGUGAAAAUAUAACAUUAUUAGUAUAUAAAAAAAAAAAUAUUUUUUCAAUUUGUGUAGUGUAUACUGUACACAUCAUACGCACACGCUACGCCACUGACCAAAAUUAUUUAAUAGACCUAUAAAAUCUUGUUAUUGCACAGAGUAAAAUAAUAACAUUUCUGUACAUAUGUUUGGUGCAAAAACCAGUUAAGGACGUAACUGGUUCUUGCACCGAGAGAUAAAAAAAACAAAUACUUACAUGAAAAUACAUAAGGUACAUCGGGACGUAUUAAGUUUUUGCACCAAACAAAACCGUAAAUAUCGUUUUUGUGAUUUAUUUUCCAUGAUAUCCGUCGGUCAUAUAUGAUUAUUGCACCAAUCGACAGAGAAUUAUUUUUGUCAACGUAUGUGAGUUAAAAAUGGAAUUUUGAAAAAAAUUUACGUAACUGGUUAUUGCACCGUGGUGGCUUUAAUUGAGUUUAGUACGUAUAAUUGAUACGUUGAUUUAAUAUUUUUAAUCAAUGAUUAAUAACAAAAAGAAUAAUUAGUAUAUGUUUACAGUUUAUGUACGUACGUUAUUUAAAUUCUUCGCGUAAACAAAAAAUAAAAUACGAAAGUAAUCACAAUUUCUCAUUGCAUCCAAUUACCGCUGUGGUGAUUAACAGCUGCAAUGAAACUACUGUUUUGUCCGUCAAAUAUACCGUUCGUAAAGGUUAACCUAACCAUCCGGCUAAUUAAAAAGGAUGUCUAACAUACAAUGAUCUUCGAUGACUGCCUUGCAGAAUGUAUAGUAUUACGGACUAGGAUAAAUUCCGCAAAACUGUAGUCCAAAAAGUGAACUUAAAAACUCGAAUUUGAAAGCCCGAGUGAAAAUGUUCAAAACUUUACAACUUUUUAAAACUUUAACGCAAUCCUUUCUAUCGGCAGUAUGGGAUUCUUCUAUAUUACCUCUUAAAGUUAAAAUUUUUAUCAACGCUCCCCCCACCAAAUAUGUAAAUAUGUAUAUAGGUACAAAUAUGUACCUAUAUACGCGCCUGAGUUAAGUGUGCUUGAUUUUUAAACACUUCUAACACAACCGCGAUCCACUGACAUAUAUUCAUAUACCAUUGGGAUCCACUGCUCUGUACAUGCUCGCGAAAUAAUGAGGGAAACCGAAUAACUGGUGCGCGGUCACACUGAUCCCGUUGAUAACACACAAUCGCGUACAAUAUCAGCGUCAACUCCGGAUUCCGUAAUAGUCAAUGUGUGAGAGCGUUCUUCAGGGUGCUCUGCAAUCAUUCUGCUAUGCAAUAACAGUAACACCAACUCGCCGAGUCCCGUUGAUGUGGGGUUACGCAACACAUGGUUUACUAAACGGUUGGUCGCCGUUUCAUGGAGUACUCGUUGCCCGGUAACGUACCCUCGCAGCACGCGCUCAUUUGUCAACCGAUUGUUUUGUGUUUCACAUUUUCCCGCACGUUCCUAUUGCACUCCGGACGACGACCGCGGUGCUGGGGAUGCUGUUGACACCUUGAACGGUUGUUGUCGUCGUCGCCAACACCGCGAACGAGUUCAAGGAUAUCCGACCUGCGGCAAUGGACGCUUCAGACUCGAAACGGUUCUGCUGUGUAUUCUGCGUGAAAAUGGUCAAGAGCAUUCCGGUGAUAUUUAUCCUAUGCAUCCUCGCGUGGUCAUAUUACGCGUACGUCUACCAUCUGUGCAUCAGCGCCUUGGGUGGCAUUGCGUCAAUGGAAGUUAAAGCUUUGUACUUAACCGUGUACCACAUCAUCCUGGUGUUCUUUCUAUGGUCCUACUUCAAAACGAUUUUCACAGAACCUGGGGGUGUGCCACCAAAAUUCAGACUACCAGAAGAAGUGUUUGAAGAGUUCAACAGAAUACCUAUUGAUUUGAACAGGCAGAAUGCAGUUUUGCGUGACUUUUCGGAAAAUUUGCCGGUCAUGACUUUUACAAACGCUGAUGAACAUUUUUUUUCAGAUAUUCGGUACUGUGAUAAAUGUAGAGUAGUGAAACCAGAUAGAUCACACCAUUGCAGUGUAUGUCGUAAAUGUGUGUUAAAAAUGGACCAUCAUUGUCCUUGGGUCAACAAUUGUGUAUCAUAUUCAAACUAUAAGUUCUUUAUAUUGUUUUUGGCUUACGGUCUCCUGAUGUGUAUUUACGUGGUAGCUACCACAGCGGAAUAUGUUAUUAAAUUCUGGGAUGUUACUUCAGAUGUGCGAAUUUCAGGAGGAUCAGAAAAAAUUCAUAUAAUAUUUUUGUUCUUUAUUGCUUCAAUGUUUUCAAUCAGUUUAUUUUCACUAUUUGCAUAUCACAUCUAUCUGGUUUCAAAAAACCGCACUACACUAGAGUCUUUCCGUCCUCCGAAGUUUUCAGAAGGUUGUGAUAAAAAUGGAUUUAACUUGGGAUGCUGUAGAAACAUACGGGAAGUGUUUGGAAAAGAAGUUAUUUUGUGGCCUUUUCCUGUAGAUACUAGCCUUGGUGAUGGUUCGUCUUUUCCAAUCAAUAAGAACAUACCUGAAGCUCAAAGCCUAUUAUCCUCGGAUAUUUACGAUCAAAAGUCAUCAAUUGGUUUUGAAAAUUCUGAUACGCAAUUAUUCACUUCAAUUUUAAUAAAUGAUGAUAGCUGUUCAAAUACAAAUGUGGCUAAAUAUCAAGAUCUCAUAGAGAUUUAGUACAACUUCAAUUAGUACUAAAAAUAUUAUUUCUGUGAUAACGUAUCCUAUUUAUGUUAUACCCUUUAAUGUUCUAUUAUGGUCUAAUAAAUGUUGAUUAUAAGAAAA